GUAUUUAUUUAACGAAUAAUUAAUUAAUACACUAGAAAUUAUUCGUGGAAGCAAAAAGUUGAUUUUUAAAUAUUCUAGAGAAUUUAUUGCAUAAUAAACAUUUAAGUAUAAAUUUACGUUCACUUCGGAAUCACGAUUCGUCUAAAGGGCAAGUAGUCACGUGAUUAGUUGUUUACCCUUUCGCGGUUCCCCCCGCGAACGUAAAUUGUGAUACAAAAAUGUCUCUCUCUCCAUCUAUUCGUCUGUUUGUAGGCAAAGUUUCCUUAAUCGAGCACAUAUGUAAACGAGCCAGUUCUGAUUCAGCUAGCUUCAGGGAAAUAUUUAAGAAGGCUAAACAUGUAGUUGCUCUAACUGGAGCAGGAAUUAGUGCAGAAAGUGGUUUGCCAACUUUUCGUGGUUCCAGUGGUUUGUGGAGGAAAUAUAAUUCUCAGGAUUUAGCUACUCCAACUGCAUUUUUUUCCAAUCCGUCUUUAGUAUGGGAAUUUUAUAGCUACAGAAGAGAUUUAGUUUUGGGUAAAAGACCAAAUCCGGCCCACAUUGCUCUUGCCGAAGCUGAAAAACACAUGGAGGAAAAAGGACAUCGUCUAGUGGUAAUAACACAAAACAUUGACGAAUUACAUAAAGCUGCCGGCACAAAAAAUUUGUUGGAAUUACAUGGAACUCUGUUCAAGACACGAUGCAUAAAAUGCGGACAUCUGAAAGAAAACAGAGACAGUCCGAUUUGUCCAGCUUUGUCCGGUAAAGGAUCACCAGAUCCGAAUGUUGAAGAUGCAAGAAUUCCAGAAAAUGAACUUCCAAGAUGUACGAAAUGUUCCGGAUUGCUGCGCCCUCAUGUAGUCUGGUUUGGAGAAUCGUUAGAUCCUGACAUCCUACAGAGUGCACAGCAAGAAUUAGAUAAUUGUGAUUUGUGCCUUGUGAUUGGCACCUCAUCCGUGGUGUAUCCUGCAGCCAUGUUUGCACCGGCAGUCGCCGCUCGUGGUAUUCCAGUCGCAGAGUUUAAUAUAGAAGCAACACCUGGAGCAGAAAAUUUUGGAUUCCAUUUUGAAGGUCAGUGCGGUAGUACUUUGCCACGCUUAGUACGAUUAUAGUUAUGCAGCAGAAAAACCAUUUUGCCUGUAAUUAAUGUAGAAGACAAGAGUUACUAAGUUAGUAAUAGAAAGGCCUUAUGAUUUCCUAAAAUACAAUGCACAAUUUAUAAUUUUUGUUAGAUUAAAAAUCAUAUUGUUAUAGAAAAUACUUGUAUACAAAUUCAAAUAAAAUUUCUCAGCAAAACAA